AUGCACACAUUCCCAUUCUUUUCACCUCCCCCUUCUGAUAUACGACCGAUUGUGAUUGCUCAUGUAAAUAACAAAACACAUUACGUCCCCCUCGAUCUCACUUUCACAUCUACACUUCCUAUACCGAUCGUCAACCAUGAAUGGCCUCAUUUACACGAUCCCAGCGCAGACGGAUGGAAGGACAUGUAUUCUUCAAACACACAAACUUUCAUACGAAUAUCCAAGAGCCUGAGAGAAGCCAGAUUGAAGGAACAGGAAGAACUGCGUUUUGAAAAUCCAAUCACCUUAUCCAUCAGCGGCGCAAGUGAGGAUGAAGAGUAUUCCAACAAACAAGACCGUUCAUCUCCAUCAGUAUCAGUGACUCAAAAUUCAGACAUUCAGCAACCCAUCAAAAAAAAACAAAAGUUGAUUCUUAAAUUACCAAACCCCGACAAUACAUCCAUUGACAACACCAAUAUCUCAGUUCCAAAAUUAGAGAACAAAUUAAUGAAUAAAUCUACAAACGAGAAACAGAAAGAAUUUUGCUUUGAAGAUCCGCUCACCAUAUCUAUCAGUGGGGCAAGUGCAAAUGAAGAGUCUCUUGACAAACAUUCAUCUCCAUCCACAUCAUUGACUCAACCUUUAGACAUCGAACAACCCGUAAAAAAAAAAAAAUUGAUUCUUAAUUUACCAAACGCCAACAAUCCAUCCAUUCACAACGCCAACCUAUUAGUUCCAAAAUUAAAGAAUGAAUCAAUGGAAAAGUCUAAAAAAAAUCCACGAAUCAUAUUACUUAGUUUUGAGCAAUUGUCAGAUUCUAAUGGAACUCUAUUGCCACAAUUUGAAUAUCAAAUACAGAGUAGGAAUUGUGCAUCAUUACCGUCAGAAUUGAAAAAAUAUAGAUGUUCAUCUUGUAUUAGUAGAAAAGGGGGAUUUAUCUGCGCAUUUAUUCAUAUUUGA